AUGCCUGGGCUAUCCGCCGCCCGCCCGCCGGCCGCGAAACCAUCGACCGGACUCCCGCGGGACGUGCGGCCGAAAGCAUCCUUCCCUUUACAGACGAAAGACGGCCAGGUAGGCGUUUCGAUAUCGAGGCCGUCGCCAGCCCCGCAAUGGCCGUUGCCGGAAUCCAUCAUUGUGCCUCCUCCUCAGGUCGACGGUGAGCCGUUCCGUCCGCCAGGGGGAAACACGCAACCGCCUCAGAGACCUCGGAGACCGAGCCGAGUGCCUUCGAUUCUGGAUGCUUCCAAAGUGCAGGAACACACGCCAGUUUUCCAUUACAGACCCCGACCCGAAACAGAGUCGUCCGGCCAGGAGUUGUUAGCGGUGGCGGAGACCCCAUCGAGCGUAUCACGGCCAUCCACCCUUUCGUCCGUGGGGUCCAUACCCGACUUUCCGCUCCCGGCGCAAGUACCGCCGGGGCCGCCACGAAGGAGCGUCAACCUCGGGCCGCCGCCGUCGGCGAGACGGGGUGCUUCUUCCUUUUACUCCAACUCGUCCUUCGUCUCGCCGAUCCCCGAGGAAAGUUCGCCGUCACCCGGCCCAAGCCCCGAUUUUCCGGACCCGAUCUACGGCGAAGCGAUCGCGGAGGAGCCCGGCUAUGGAGACGAUGAUGCGGAGGAAAGUCGGCUGGUGAGAAGUGCAAGCAUAGGGAAGAGGGCGAAACCCACGCUGGUGAGCGCACCGCCCUCCCGGGGAGCAGAUCAGCCAGGUCGCGAGCAGCAGCGGCCAGGGCCGCAGCCGGUGCAGGGUCCUUUUAAGGAUGGAACAGGUUACGUGGAGAACUCGAGCUCUUCCGGCACGAUCCCACGAGCAGCCAAGUCGCCGAUCGACUCGGCCGUGACGCCAGAUGCCAUGCUCAAUGCAUACGCCUCAGCCAGCGCCGACGACCCGUCCACCCCCUCCCCGCGAGCUACGCCCUCACCGAACCCAGCGGCCGAGCCGCAGUCCUACAGUCGGUUCUCGGCGAUACGCCGACCGCCGCGCUUGGACAUUGAUGCCGUGCGCAAGGCCGAGGCGAGGGGCAGCCUGACAAGCCUUCCGGAUCUCAUCCGGCGUGCCACGAGACUGGCCGCAAGCCUGGAGAAAGGUCGGAGGCCGGCCAGCCGGUUCGACGAUCUGGACGACAUGCCGGACCAUGCCUACGAUAGGGAGAAGCACCGGUCAGGCCUCUCUGACAUGCUGGCUGCAUUUCCUCCGCCGGCGCAACAGCCGGCAACGACCAACAGCCGCCGCAGCAUCCGCGAUAGCAUCCGAGAGCAGGUUCAGUCAUGGCCCCUCCCUCUUUACGUCAAUCGCAACCCCAACACGUCACAAGAGGCCGUUCCUCCGAGCGACUCGCGGUCGUCGAUGAGGGAAGGAAGGCGUAGAUGCUGUGGCCUUCCCUGUUGGGGUUUCAUCUUGCUCCUGAUCGCCAUCCUCGGUCUAGUCGCCGCUGCGGUGGUUGUCCCUGUGGAGUUCCUCGUGGUUCGCAAGCAAGACAAGGCCAGCCAGACGCAAAAGGAGCUUCAGCAAUGCCGGCAAAAACUGGUAUGCGCCAAUGGGGGCACGAACGUGGUUAACCAGGGAGUCUGCUCCUGCGACUGUGUCAACGGGUUUACCGGCCCCGACUGCACCACCGUCGACGACGCGGGUUGCACGACGAUCAGACUUACAGGAUCCGACGGCGGCGACAUUGUCGUUGGAAACGCGAUCCCCCGCCUUCUCAACCAAGCGCAAACCAACUUCUCCAUCCCACUUGACGCCACCAAAGUCACCUCCAAACUCGAGAGCGACGACCUCAGCUGCGCAGCGCAAAACGCCCUCGUGACCUUCGACGGGCGCGCGACGCGCCAAGACAAGGCCCUCUCCGCAGCGCAAGCUGACGAUGACGGUGACGGUGACGGGACUGGAGGUUCAGAUGCAGUUGCCGCAGCCGUCAUUGUCGACGGUGUCCUCUACAUAACCAUCACCGUCGUGCUCGCCCCGCUCACCACGUUCACGCUCAGCGGCCCCUGGCCAACGACAACGACCACGACGACAAUCACGACGACCGCCACAAGCAGACAGCCGUCCUUGUCCGCGACCAGCACAAGCAAAUACACGACCACCAUGACCAUGCCAUCCUCGGGCACAGCAUUAUCGCCCAUACCGACGCCGACCCUCGCCGUGACUGAGGAAGUGCUCGACUUUGCGCGGGUGGCCGUGCUGUACGUCCUGCAGGAGGACAGCCUGACGGACGCCGAGACGGCCCAGAUAGGGCUGCAGACAUUCCUGGGCGGCAAUUUGGAUCUUGAGGCGGCGAGGAAUGUCACGCUUGGAGGCGGGCGCAGCGUGGAUCUGGUUGGGUUUACGAUCGAUCUGGGCGGGGGAUUGGGCAAGGUCCUCCUGAUGAAGGAUCCAAGCCCCUCCCAAGGCGACGCAAGCGGGUUGCGGCGGUCUUGA